GGUAUUAUAGCUACAAUGCAACUAAAUUUGACGUUUCUUCUUGUUUUUUUAUUCCAAAAAUUACAUUGCAAUUUUAAGAUUUUGCACACUGUGCGACAAUACAAGUGCCAGCGUACUGGCCAUGGAACCGCCUGCACACACUCACAAAUUUCUGUUGAAGUUCAGCCUACACGUGGGAGUGUAGUAUGUUGUUAAGUUAGAUGAGCAUAUGCUGUGCUGCUAGAACGACUGUGUCUGUUGCAAUUUGUUUAUAGCUUCCGCGUUGGGAGUCAUCAUCACCAUCAUUACAAAUACAAUAGUCGUGGGGCAAAAAAUAUAUUAAAAGGCAACAGAAAAUUUAGAAUAAAACAUUAAACACAAGACCGCGUAUGUAUGUAUGUAAGUCGAUAUGUUAUGUGCAAAGAUACUACAGCGCUAGAAGCUCUCACUAUGCUCAGUGGGCGGAAGUGGAUGGCAAAAGCUGUUUGGCGCCCCAAACAAUUACACUGUUUUUAUUUGUGUUUUAAUUAAUUGUGCCGUUAAUUGUCGGCUUAAUGCGCCGAGCAUGUUUAGAACAAAUACUUCGCGCCACACCAACUGAAAUAUCAAAUGGAAAUCACACUGUCAGCCGCUUGUUUAUUACAUUUGAAUUAGUUUCGCGCUACCGGCGCGUCAAAAGCUUUAAAUUACCUCAAACAGCUAUAAUUUCAUACUCGGCAUGUAUGGCUGUGUAUCUGGCAUAUUUCACCCAAAGAGCGUUCAGCGGUUUCCCCCCAGCACACCUUUUACAUGCCCUUGCCCUUUCUAGCUAAUUUGAAAUCAUUUACAGGUCAAUGUGCCUCACGCGGUUGCACUCGUAAGCUAUGUAUGUAUGUAUAUACAUUAUAUACUCGUACUUAUAUAUGUGUCUCUUUUAUACUGUUGUAAAAAAAGCUGGACAUACAUACAUACAUAUUAGAUUUGCUGGCAUGAAUGAAGGUGUGCCCUUAGUGAUGGAUAUGCAAAUUCGCCAGUCGGUAGACUUUAGGCGUAACGAUAACAAAAUUACAUACAUACAUACAUACAUAUGUAGUAAGUGAUUCAAUAGAUAGAUUAUGGUAACUGUAAUUGAAGACAUCGAAUACUAAUUUAGCGGAAAUUACUUUUAAAAGCAUGAUUAGAAAAUUAACGUCAACAAAAAUUCAUAUGUAUGUAUGGAUUCGAUGACGUGGUACAUACACACAUAUAUAGAGUUGCUGUCAAAAUACUAGGAGUGGGUCGACAUUAAUAGCAAAUUUUACCUUGAAAAAUUAUAAUUCAACUGAAAAUAAUCUCCGAUUUAUGCUUUUGAAACAAGAUAGAAUCGAUCAAACUAAUACGGAUACUGAGAUUUUAUUUAAAUACUUAUUAAAUAAAAGCCAACAGAGGUCAUAUAAAGACAAAAAAAAUGUAAUUUACAAUAUUUAAUAUUUCGUUGUGUGGAUAGGAGCCAGUAAAAUUGUUUCUGCCUCUUUCAGGCAGCCACUAUAUCUACUGCUUCUAUGCUUCUACGGACAUUCUCUGACGCAAUGCGAUAUAAGGUUAUUGCUUUAAUUGCCGCUUGGCUGUCGUUUCAACUCCAUCAGCCAAUUUUUAUAAAUCGAUUAAAAGUUCAGCUGGUGGGUCGUGUGCCCCUGAGCCAUCCACCCUCUUUUAACUAUAAUAUAAUUAUCGACACGGCUAACCGAUAUCUCGUUUUUUUACUUAAUUUUACUUUUCUAUAAAAUAAUAUGUAUACUUUUAUAUAAUAUUUCAUAAUGAUAUAUUAUAUUAGGUAUAAUUCUAUCAAAUCCUCCUACUAAUCUUACCACAGCUGUACUCGUACAUAUUUACUUUUUUUCACAAAAUAAGUAAAUCCAACACACUAAAAUCAUAUUUGUAUUUGGAUUGACCCAUAUUGUAUAGCAUUUUGUUACUACAAAAUGUGUCUGGAACCAACAGACAGUGACGUCAUUUUCAGCCGAUCACUGAUAGCCAAUGUGCAGCGAUUUUCAUUUUGCUCUUUGCUGCAUUGUUAUUGUUCUGUACAAAUGAGUUUUUGUUUUGCAUUGAAUUUGCUUACUCACAAGCAAUGUAUAUAUUACAUAUAUAUGUGGAUCUUUAUACAUAAGUACAUAGAUAUCUACAUAUGUUCGCUGAAGUAAUAUUUAGGUCACACAUUUUGGGCAAUGUGUGCCCAGAACUGACUCUGCCUAUGGUAUAUUCCAAGCGAAUCCAUUCCAAGUAAAAUACUUACACAUACAAAUACUUAUAACUUGGUAUUAGGUGUUCACAAAAUUAAAGAUAUUUUUGCUGAACGCACUUCUUUAUUUUGUCUUCAUGCCAGUUCAGCGUUCAAAUGCAUUGAGCACGGAGCUGAAAUAAAAUUUACCGACUAUGUGUUACGUCAUCAUAACCGGCGGCAGUUUGGUCUGGUUUGUGCUUAGCCUGGUGGCCGACAUGCUAAUCGCAUCGGCAAUAGUCACACCUAAAUGGUUGAUCGGCCCGAAUCCUACGUUCGUCAGUGUUGAUUCGAGCACUUCCUCGCGCCUAACAAGCACUGACAUCCAAAACGAAACGCAAUUAAUGUUACCAAUACCCACGGUCCGUUAUCCGUCCGUGGGUAUUUACACUCGCUGCAAGGUGAUGCACAGCUAUGGUUACCACUGCGGUCCCUUCGAUUUGGAUGGCUUCGCGACUGACAGCAAUGUUUACCCAGCCGCUUGGAAAGCCACGAUGUUCUUUAUGUCGUUGGGUUUUACUGUGCACUCCAUAACGGUGGCGUUGACGCUGAUAACCUUUUGUCGACAAUCGGCUUUUGGCAAGAGCAUACAUAACAUGACUGGUUGUGCACAAGUUGUAUCAGCAAUAAGCAUUAUGUUAUCACUGUUUCUACAUCCACUGGCUUGGGGAGCGCCGCGUGUGCAGUUCCUAUGUGGCGCUGAUGCUGAGCCGUUCUAUCCAGCGGGAUGUUCUAUUGGUAUUUCCUUCUACUGCGCUGUGGUCGCUGCAGUGCUUUGUUUCAUUUGCGCCGGCAUCAGUUUGAAGGCAGAGUCAUCCAACAUGCGCAUGCGCGUAAAACGGCGAGUUGAAGAGGGAAAUCGUUUCGUGUGCAUUCCAUAAAACCAUAACUUUGUACGAUGACAGUCGCAUUUCGAAUUUAUCGAAUAAAAUUACUGUGGUGUAAAUUAUUUAAUCUAUGUAUAUUUUAAUAGUGUUAAGUGCCUUUAAUUUAGUUUAAACAUUGUAAACUAUUGCUAAUACAAAAUCAAGUGACAUAUUUUUUGUAUUGACAUAUAUACAUACAUAAGUGUACUUACAUUGACAGCAUCACAUGUGCUACUCAUUUUUAGAUAAACACAAUGUACAUGCAGGUUAUAAGAAAAGAAAAAGUUUCGAAUAAAGCGUCAUACAAAGCAUGCACCUUCAAUUGUAUAA